AUGAGUCCGACCGCACGUCACUUUGACAACGACAAAACUCCUUCCCUUCAUGCGGAUGCUCACAAAGAACUUGUCGCCUCCCUGACACGCAUCAACACUUACAACCCACCAGUUCAGACUUGCUCGACAGGAUGGACAUUUCACGGAUUGUACUAUGGCCCGACCUCAGUAGCAUACCUGUUCUUGCGGCUAUCUAAGCUCUACCCUGAUCUUGCUUUCAAAGGCCAGUCACUUCUCGACUGGGCUCAGUCGUACCUGGACCUGGGAACGACCGGCCAUCGUGACAGCGUCGACUCAAAUCAUUGUGGCAUUGGAAAUGAGGCUCUAGCGCAGCUGGCCCUACGCGCCGCCAUAGAACGGGACCAAAGCCUUGUCCAGAAGCUCUGCUCCUACGAAAGCAUCGUCAACGACACGGGCGGCUCAGACGAGUGGCUGUACGGCCGAUCAGGAUAUCUUUACUAUCUUCGUCUUGCUCGGUCGCCGUUCGAGGAUGCAUCCAAGACUGCGGAGAUGAUUGACACAACGAUACACAAGACUGUACAGAGGAUCCUGCGCUCCAAAUUCCCAUGGACCUGGCAUGGCAAGGCGUACGUGGGCUCCGCACAUGGCGCAUUCGGCAUCCUCGCUCAGCUUGUUCUCUCCUCCCCACAGUGCGCUGAGACGCUGGAGCCGCUGCUGACUUCACUGCUUGAUACACAAUUCCCUAGCGGGAACUUCCCGUCGUCCCUGCCGCCGGGCUCAGACAAAGUUGUUCAAUUCUGUCACGGAGGCCCCGGCGCGGUUCUCGCACUCAGGUCAUUACGGCCACACUUCCCCAACCUGCAAGCAAGCAUCGACUCCGCCAUCACAGCGGCGCAAAAGGACAUCUGGAACCGAGGCCUUCUGACCAAAGAGCCCUGCUUGUGUCAUGGGAUUUCCGGGAAUGCAUUGGCUCUGGACGACGAUGCCGAAUUUGAGCAUUUCUUGGCUUGCACGACGACUGACUCGCUUGAAGCUGCUGGUCGUUUGAAGGCAGCAGGAAGAGAUGAUCAAUUCGUGGGACUUUACACUGGCGAAGCGGGGAGGGCGUGGACCUGGGCUGUCAGGGAUAGACAGCUGGGAGACAAGCCUUGCAUCGGGUUCAAUGACCUAUGA